AUGCACGAUUUCUGCUUCACGAUCCCGUACGGGCUGAUUCUGGUGGCAGGGGGAGUGAUGGGGUAUCUGAAGAAAGGGAGCUUGUCGUCGUUGGGCGGCGGUGCGGGGACUGGUUUUCUACUUAUCUUAGCUGGGUAUUUGAGUUUGAAAGCUUUCGAGAAGAGAAAGAACAAUUACUUCGCUUUAGCCAUGGAAACAGUAUGUGCUGCUGCUCUGACAUUUAUCAUGGGGCAACGUUACUUGCAAACCUCAAAGAUCAUGCCUGCUGGUCUCCUUGCUGGUAUCAGUUGUCUCAUGACUGCAUUUUAUCUAUACAAAGUUGCAACAGGUGGCAACCACAUUCCGAGCAAGGCCGAGUAA